AUGGCUGGCAUGUCACAGAGACCACCCAGCAUGUACUGGUGUGUAGGGCCAGAGGGGUCAGCUGUAUGUCCAGAACGCGCCAUGGAGACCCACAACGGUGCCAGAGACAUGGGCAGCAAGCCAUCCACACCAGGCAGUGAUGCCACAGCACAGGCCCCCAGAACGGAACGCAUUCAUGCUGCAUACAGAUGGGGAGACCUCAGAAGGGCCCAAGACUUGCUCAGGGAGGCUUGUGAUGAGAGUGAGUCCCUGCUGGAAAAGGGCCAGCUUCUGAGCAUCUCGGCGGCCUAUGGGGAUCUGGAGAUGGUGCGGUUUCUGCUCACCAACAGGCGUGUGGAGCUGCCGACAGAGCCCACUGAUAACAACCCAGCUGUGGUGGCAGCACAUUUUGGGCACACAGAAGUUGUGCAGGAGUUGCUCGAGUCCUUAUCAGGUCCCAGCAGCCCCCAGAGGCUGCUGAACUGGAUGCUGGCCGUUGCGUGCCAGCGUGGGCACCUGGGCGUAGUGAAGCUCCUGGUUCUGACACACGGGGCAGACCCAGAGAGCUACGCAGUCAGGAAGAAUGAAUUCCCUGUCAUCGUGCGCUUGCCUCUCUACGCAGCCAUCAAGUCAGGGAAUGAAGACAUUGCCAUAUUCCUGCUUCGGCACGGGGCCUACUUUUGCUCCUACAUUUUACUGGACAGUCCUGACCCCAGCAAACAUCUCCUCAGGAAGUAUUUCAUAGAAGCCAGUGCCCUGCCUGGUAGUUACAUGGGAAAAACAGCACUUCGUGUGAAAUGGUCCCAUCUCCGGUUGCCCUGGGUGGAUCUGGACUGGCUCAUAGAUAUCUCCUGCCAGAUCACAGAGCUCGACCUUUCUGCCAACUGCCUGGCAUCCCUGCCCUCUGUCAUCCCCUGGGGACUCAUCAACCUCCGGAAACUGAACCUUUCCGACAACCACCUGGGGGAACUUCCCAGAGUGCGGUCUUCAGAUGAAAUCAUCUGCUCCAGGCUACUUGAAAUUGAUAUUUCCAGCAACAAGUUGUCCCACCUCCCGCCUGGAUUCUUGCACCUCUCAAAACUUCAGAAACUGACAGCUUCAAAAAAUUGUUUAGAAAAAUUGUUUGAAGAAGAAAGUGCCACUAACUGGAUUGGUUUGAGGAAGCUACAGGAACUUGAUAUAUCUGACAACAAAUUGACAGAACUGCCUGCCCUUUUCCUUCAUUCUUUCAAGUCACUCAAUUCCCUGAAUGUUUCCAGAAACAACCUAAAGGUGUUUCCAGAUCCCUGGGCCUGCCCUUUGAAAUGUUGUAAAGCAUCCAAAAAUGCCUUGGAAUCUCUGCCAGAGAAAAUGGCUGUCUUUUGGAAAAACCACCUUAAGGAUGUAGAUUUUUCAGAAAACACACUAAAAGAAGUGCCCCUAGGGCUUUUUCAGCUGGAUGCCCUCAUGUUCUUGAGGUUACAGGGAAACCAACUGGUGACACUUCCACCUCAAGAGAAAUGGACCUGCAUGCAGCUCAAAACCCUGGAUCUCUCCAGAAAUCACCUUGGCAAAAGUGAAGAUGGACUUAAAACAAAGCGUCUUGCCUUUUUCACCACCAGAGGACGCCAGCGUUCAGGGACUGAGGCAGCGUGUGUACUAGAAUUUCCAGCCUUCCUAAGUGAGUCUUUGGAAGUCCUUUGUCUGAACGAUAACCACCUCGAUGGGGUCCCUCCCUCAGUUUGUUUGCUAAAGAAUCUAUCAGAGCUCUACUUGGGAAACAACCCUGGCCUCCGAGAGCUCCCUCCUGAGCUAGGGCAGCUGGGCAACCUCUGGCAGCUGGACAUUGAAGACCAGACCAUCAGCAAUGUGCCUGCAGAAAUCAGAAAAGAAGGCCCCAAAGCCAUGCUGUCCUACCUGCGUGCUCAGCUGCGGAAGGCAGAGAAGUGCAAGCAGAUGAAGAUGAUUAUCGUGGGUCCCCCACGCCAGGGCAAGUCCACCCUCCUGGAGAUCUUACAGACCGGGCGGCCCCCCCAGGUGAUGCAUGAAGAGGUCACCAUCAGGACCACCAAGUGGGAGCUCCAGAGGCCGGCUGGCUCAAGAGCCAAGGUUGACUCAGUGGAGUUCAACGUCUGGGACAUCGGAGGCCCUGCCAGCAUGGCCACUGUCAACCAGUGCUUCUUCACUGACAAGGCCCUAUACGUGGUGGUCUGGAACCUGGCGUUAGGAGAGGAAGCGGUAGCCAGCCUCCAGUUCUGGCUGCUCAACAUCGAGGCCAAGGCACCAAACGCCGUGGUUCUGGUUGUGGGAACACACCUGGACUUAAUCGAAGCCAAAUUCCGAGUGGAGAGGAUCGCGACGCUGCGUGCUUAUGUGCUGGCGCUCUGCCGCUCCCCCUCGGGCUCCAGGGCCACCGGCUUCCCUGACAUCACAUUCAAGCACUUACACGAAAUUUCCUGUAAGAGCCUAGAAGGCCAGGAAGGGCUGCGGCAGCUGAUUUUCCAUGUCACGUGCAAUAUGAAGGAUGUGGGCAGCACCAUCGGCUGCCAGCGACUGGCAGGAAGGCUGAUCCCCAGGAGCUACCUGAGCCUGCAGGAGGCUGUGCUGGCGGAGCAGCAGUGGCGCAGUCAGGCUGAUGACGUGCAAUACCUGACAGACAAGCAGCUAGAACAGCUGGUGGAACAGACACCUGACAACGACAUCAAGGACUAUGAGGACCUGCAAUCUGCCAUUGGCUUCCUCAUAGAGACGGGCACCCUGCUCCACUUCCCCGACACCAGCCAUGGCCUGAGGAACCUAUACUUCAUCGACCCCAUCUGGUUGUCCGAGUGCCUGCAGAGGAUCUUUACCAUCAAGGGCUCCCGGUCAGUGGCCAAGAACGGGGUGAUCCGAGCAGAGGACCUCAGGAUGCUGUUGGUGGGGACGGGCUUUACACAGCAGACGGAAGAGCAGUACUUCCAGUUCUUGGCCAAGUUUGAGAUUGCCCUGCCGGUUGCCAAUGACAGCUACCUCCUGCCACAUCUCCUUCCAUCCAAACCUGGUCUGGACACCCACGGCAUGCGGCACCCUGCAGCCAACACCAUUCAGAGGGUGUUUAAGAUGAGUUUCGUUCCUGUCGGCUUCUGGCAAAGGUUUAUAGCACGGAUGCUGAUCAGCUUGGCAGAGAUGGACCUGCAGCUUUUUGAAAACAAGAAGAAUACUAAAAGCAGGAACAGGAAAGUUACCAUUUACAGUUUUACAGGAAACCAGAGAAAUCGCUGUAGUACAUUCAGAGUGAAAAGAAAUCAGACCAUCUAUUGGCAGGAAGGGCUCCUGGUUACUUUUGACGGGGGCUACCUCAGUGUGGAAUCAUCUGACGUGAACUGGAAAAAGAAAAAAAGCGGAGGCAUAAAAAUCAUUUGCCAGUCAGAAAUGAGGGACUUCUCAGCAAUGGCUUUUAUCACGGACCACAUCAAUUCCUUGAUUGAUCAGUGGUUUCCUGCUCUGACAGCCACAGAGAGUGAUGGGACCCCACUCAUGGAGCAGUAUGUGCCCUGCCCAGUCUGCGAGACAUCCUGGGCCCAGCAUGGGGACCUUGGUGAGAGAUCAGAGGACGUGCAGUAUUUCGACAUGGAAGACUGCGUGCUGACAGCCAUUGAGCGAGACUUCAUCUCCUGCCCCAGACACCCCGACCUCCCUGUGCCACUCCAGGAGCUGGUCCCUGAGCUAUUCAUGACUGACUUCCCGGCCAGGCUUUUCCUGGAGAACAGCAGGCUGGAGCACAGUGAGGAUGAGGGCAGCAUCCUGGGCCAAGGCGGGAGUGGCACCGUCAUCUACCACGCUCGGUACCAGGGCCAGCCUGUUGCUGUGAAGCGAUUCCAGAUCAAGAAAUUCAAGAACUUCGCCAAUGCCCCAGCAGACACCAUGCUGAGGCACCUGCGAGCUAUGGAUGCCAUGAAGAACUUCUCAGAGUUCCGGCAGGAGGCCAGCAUGCUGCACGCCCUGCAGCACCCCUGCAUUGUGUCGCUCAUCGGCAUCAGCAUCCAUCCUCUCUGCUUCGCCCUAGAGCUGGCCCCUCUGAGCAGCCUCAACACCGUGCUAUCUGAGAAUGCCAAAGAUUCUUCCUUUAUGCCCCUGGGACAUAUGCUCACCCAAAAAAUAGCCUACCAGAUUGCCUUGGGCCUGGCUUACCUACACAAGAAAAACAUCAUUUUUUGCGACUUGAAGUCAGACAAUAUUUUGGUGUGGUCCCACGACGUCAAGGAGCCCAUCAACAUCAAGCUGUCUGACUACGGGAUUUCAAGGCAGUCAUUUCACGAGGGCGCCCUAGGCGUGGAGGGCACACCCGGCUACCAGGCCCCGGAGAUCAGGCCUCGAAUUGUGUAUGAUGAGAAGGUAGAUAUGUUCUCCUACGGAAUGGUGCUCUACGAAUUGCUGUCAGGACAGCGUCCUGCAUUGGGCCACCACCAGCUUCAGAUUGCCAAGAAGCUGUCCAAGGGCAUCCGCCCAGUGCUAGGGCAGCUGGAGGAAGUGCAGUUCUACCGACUCCAGGCACUAAUGAUGGAGUGCUGGGACACAAAGCCGGAGAAGCGACCGCUGGCCCUGUCAGUAGUGAGUCAGAUGAAGGACCCGACCUUCGCCACCUUCAUGUAUAUGCUCCCCUGUGGGAAGCAAUUGGCCUUCUUCUCGUCCCAGGGCCAAGAGUACACCGUGGUAUUCUGGGAUGGGAAAGAGGAGUCCAGGAACUACACAGUGGUGAACACAGAGAAGGGCCUUCUGGAAGUGCAGAGGAUGAGCUGCCCAGGAAUGAAGCUAAGCUGCCAAUUAAAGGUGCAGAGCUCCCUGUGGACUGCCACUGAGGACCAGAAAAUCUACAUCUACAGCCUUAAGGGCAUGUGCCCCUUAAACAUGCCCCAGCGGGCCUUGGACACUCCAGCAGUUGUAACCUGCUUCUUAGCAGUACCUGUUAUUAAAAAGAAUUCCUACCUGGUGUUGGCAGGCCUAGCUGAUGGGCUGGUGGCCGUAUUCCCUGUGGCACGGGGCUCCCCGACCGAUAGCUGCUCCUAUUUGUGCUCGCAUACAGCCAACAGGUCCAAGUUUGGCAUCUCCGAUGAAGACGUGCGGCAGAAUCCCUACCCCGUGAAGGCCAUGGAGGUGGUCAACAGCGGGUCCGAGGUCUGGUACAGCAACGGGCCAGGCCUCCUUGUCAUUGACUGUGCAGCCCUGGACAUCACCAGGAGGCUGGAGCCCUACUCGGCCCCCUCAGUGGUCGUGUCAGUCGUGUGCGGCUCCGACGGCAAGGGGGAAGAAGUGGUCUGGUGCCUGGACGACAAGGCUAACUCCUUGGUGAUGUACCACUCAGCCACCUACCAGCUGUGUGCUCGGUACUUCUGUGGGGACCCCAGCCCCCUCAGGGACACAUUUCCCGUGGGGCCCUUGGCCAUGGAAGCCCCAAGCAGCCAUGAGGCCUGUAUGAAGGAAGGGGAGCCCAUCAUGGACGUGAGCAUCAUGUUCAGUGGGGAGCUGGGCACGCAGAUCCUCACCCACCAGGACUCGCUGACUGACUACUGCUCCAUGUCUUCCUACUCCUCGUCCCCUCCCUGCCGGGCUGCCAGGUCCCCCUCCAGCCUUCCCAGCUCCCCAGCCAGCUCUUCCAGUGUGCCUUUCUCCACGGACUGUGAGGACUCAGACAGGCUGCACGAGCCCAGCGCCACCUCCGACAGGUCUGAGCAUGACCUGAGUCCCAUAGAUGGGGAGACAUUCAGCCAGCACCUGCAGGCUGUUAAGGUCCUCGCUGUGAGGGACCUCAUUUGGGUCCCCAGGCGUGGUGGAGACAUUAUCGUCAUUGGUCUGGAGAAGGAUGGGGGAGUCCAGCGGGGCCGAGUCAUCGCCAUCUUAAAGGCCCGAGAGCUGACCCCACAUGGGGUGCUGGUAGAUGCUGCUGUGGUGGCAAAGGACACUGUUGUGUGUGGCUUUGAAAAUGAAAACACAGAGUGGUGCCUCGCUGUCUGGAGGGGCUGGGGCGCCAGGGAGUUUGACAUUUUUUACCAGUCCUAUGAAGAGCUGGGCCGGCUAGAGGCUUGCACGCGCAAGAGAAGGUAAUUCCUGUGGAAUGACUCUCUCAAGUUGCUGGCCAGAGACCUCUGUGCUAGCAGCCUGCAGUCCUCUGAGAACCCUGAAGACGGACACAGCUCUCCCCUGUGCUCCUUGCUGCUGAGAAGCCACCAGCCUAGGGUUCUCUAUUCCGGGGCAGAAUGAUCAGAGUACCA